CUUAAUUCCAACACAGACUUCACUGAACAAAGUUUGUGAAAUGGAGUUGACCUCAUGCGUACUGCUACUACUACUAAUGUACACGUACCUCGCCGAACCGGUGUAGAUCUACCGUUUGGUGUGUCUUUUUAAAGGGAAAAUAUCCCCCUUUCCCCCACGUCUGCUGGUCUUUCUCCUCAAACCACAUUCGGCACCUUGCAAAAUGGGGUUUUUAUCUGCCGGUGGGCUGUGGGCCAGUCUCUUUCGGGCAAGGAUCUCUCCAAUCGUAGAGACGGAUGAAGUCCUCCCACUUACCCUCAUCGAUAACAUAGCCGCAGCACGCAACGCCAUUCUAAGCGAGGUCAUCCGUUUCGACCAAGUUCUGGAUGUCGUCAAAUUACGUGACGGGCUGACAGAGCUGAUUGACAAACGUGGUUGGAGAAAGUUGGGUGGUCGACUUCGGUUGCGACCCAACGGGUCUCUUGAGAUCCACGUGCCAAGGGAGUUCACGGAGGAGCGUCCUGCUUUUCGCUUCACCAGCCAGGCCUUCGACAUAGCCAUUGAGGAGCAUGCGCUUGGCAGCCAAUUGCCCAAGCUGAGUGAUGGUCCCUCGUUACAACCUGGGUCAACUAGUGUCGACAAGUUCAACCUUAUUCCGGAUAAACCCGAAAAGUUGGAUGACUACGUCUACAGCGACCGCCCCAUUCUUGCGUUGCACGUCACGUCUUUUACCAACUCAUGCAUAGUCACACUUACCUGGUCCCACGUCGUCUUCGGUGCCAGGGGCAUAAAGGAGCUCAUCGCAGCCUGGUCAAAAGUGCUCCAUGGCGAGCAAAAUGUACCCCUAUUACUUGGCACUCACCAAGACGUCCUGGCGGGCAUCGGGACCGACGGCGACAAGACGGCCCCGUUCCUUCUCGACCCGAUCAAGAUCAAAGGGCUGGGCUUGGUAAGAAUAAUUUUUGGACUUUUGUGGGAGAUCUGGCAACAUCCUACGGUAGAGACCCGGGCCCUGCAUUUACCCAAACGAUUCGUCUCGCAGCUGAGGCAGAAGUGUAUGGAGGAGCUUGGGGCGUUCUGCAGGGAAGAUCCAGCACCGUUCAUCAGCGAGGGGGACGUCUUGGAGGCCUGGUGCUCGAGGUUUGUAGCCCAGGCACGUGCCGAUGAGAAGCCCGCUCUAGUCACGAACGCCCUCGACAUAAAGGAUCGAUUGACUGCUCCGUGGAGCAGCCGAGGUGAAUACCUGCAGAACACCGGCUGCUGCACGUGGACCCCGGUGCAGCCCGAGACUUUGUUGAGAAGCCCUCUUGGUGAACUAGCAUACGUGAUACGUCGCAGCAUCCAAGAGCUGGCCACGGACGACCAACUCCGCGCCCAGUUGCGCAUCUUCAGAUCACUCGGACACACAAAGAUGCUGCCGCUCUUUGGAAACCCCAACUCCCGCGUGAUAAGCUUUUCCAAUUGGACCAAGUUCAACCUUUUCGAAGUUACCAACCUCGGCCCGGCGGUGAUCUCAACGUCGCCAUCGACUAGGUCCGAUGCCUCUACCAGCCCUAUAGGAAGGCCAGUUUACAUGCAUUGCGAAGCUGCGGGUGAUAGUCGAAUGCUCCGAAACUGCUUCAACGUCACUGGAAAGGAUUGGGAUGGCAGCUACUGGAUCACCGCACAUCUUUAUCCGGAGGAUUGGACCAAACUGGAGGAAUACAUGCGACAGACACAGCAGCACAUUAGUGAUUAGACGCCAUGAAUAAUUAUAGGCCAAAGCUCCACACGUUGUUGCUACAUACCUUACAUAUGGGCUUUUGGAUGUGGGAUUACCUGUCAGACUUCCCAGGUGCCUUGGCGGCGCAUAAAAACUUUUGAAAACACGGGUUUGCACACCGAAUAUAUAGAUGAAUUGAAGGUCACGUUAUGUAUCA